AUGAGAAACCAAACAAUAACAACAUUUGUUCUACUGGGACUAACAGAUGAUCCAAAACUUCAGGGUCUGCCUUUAAUUUUUCUGUUUUUUACUUAUUUAUUGAGUGUAGCUGGGAACUUGGCUAUUAUCUCACUUAUAUUAAUGGAUUUUCACCUUAAAACACCAAUGUACUUUUUCCUACAAAAUUUUUCCUUGUUAGAAAUCUUAUUCACAUCAGCUUGUAUUCCUAGAUACUUGUAUAAUCUAUCAACAGGUGACAAGACCAUUACUUACUGUGCUUGUGCCAUUCAAGCAUUUUUUACUGAUCUUUUUGGAGUAACUGAAUUUUUUCUCCUGGCCACCAUGUCCUAUGACCACUAUGUGGCCAUCUGCAAGCCCCUACAUUACACUACCAUCAUGAGCAGCAGAGUCUGCCGAAAAGUCAUCCUCUACUGUUGGAUGGCUGGCUUGUUAAUCAUACUCCCACCAUUUAGCCUAAGCCAAAAUCUAGAAUUCUGUGACUCUAAUGUCAUUGAUAGCUUUCUUUGUGAUGUGUCUCCCUUUCUGAAGAUUUCAUGUUCAGACACGUGGAUCAUUGAGCAUAUGGUUAUAGCCUGUGCUGUGUUGACCUUUAUCACAACACUGCUUUGUGUAGUUCUCUCCUAUGUCUAUAUAAUCAAGACUAUUGGAAGAUUCCCUUCUGCCCAGCAAAGGAAAAAAGCAUUUUCUACCUGUUCUUCCCACAUGAUGGUGGUUUCUAUCACCUAUGGCAGCUGCAUCUUCAUCUAUGUCAAACCUUCAGCAAAGGAAUCAGUGGGUGUGAUAGUACUAACUACUUCCAUUGCUCCCAUGUUGAACCCAUUCAUUUACACCUUGAGGAACAAGCAAGUAAAGCAAGCCUUUAAUGACUCAGUCAAAAGAAUCACAUUUUUGUCUAAGAAGUAA